AUGUAUGAUCAUGACCGUGAGUUUGUUGUCAGUGUGAAGUCCAUCCUCAAGGCCGAGUAUCGUCAGGUCCUCGAUAGCGAUCAGCGAACCAAACCCUUUCAUCCUGGUUUCCCGCUGGUCUUUGAUCCGGUGGUCGAGUACAAGCUUGACCUCCGUCAGGCAUCCUGUGGGCAGGGGGCUCGGUUUAUCUGCGCCUCGCUCAUCAGGAAGGGAGCCAAUUUCUCUUCCACGGCAGAGCUUCAGACAUGCAUUCUUGGACCAUCGUGUAAAGAUGGAGUUGUCGUCAACGCUUUAGAGAUUUCGAUGGAUAGAUCGAUAGAAGUAGAAGCAGGAAUUCUGAACACAUUCCGCAUCAAUGUCAGUAUUAUGUACGACAUGAAUCUGACUAGUGACGUCACUGGCAACGACCAAUGGCAGCUCAUGAUCUGGUCACGUGGUCUGCACGACGAUUACAACGACUCGUCUAGCCGGCUCUCAUUGGUCGAACAGGCUCUGACGCAAUCCCAAGCCGACCAAUCACUGAUCAGGGGGGAAGAAUUUCGCUUUACGAACGUGGAGUAUACACUGGAUAUGAGAAACAUAACGUGUGAACAGACUGAUAUGAUUUGUGUGCGGUUUAGGCGGGGUCAUAACGGAACAUAUGAGCUACUUAGCAAACCGAAUGCAUCCGUGAGAACGAAGUGUGUGGAGGCUCCUAACUGCCCGGAAGACACAGAAAUAUUUGUCACAGAACUAUACACGAACACUUCUCGUCCAUGUCGAGAAAACGAGCGAGACUGUGACGUCAUAAUGGAUACAAACAUGACACCCUCUUCGGAUCGGCCUUCAACCACCACAGGCAGAAUGUCGACAACGUCUACGAUGUCGCUUUCGACGGUUGCAGUGGUACCUCCUCGAACGACAGUUUCUCAAGGCAUUGUUACGUCACCAACUUUCUACCAAUGGUUAGAGACUGUAAUAGAAAUUGACGUCGCGCAGCAAGGCCGCGUCGAUCAAUCGGCGGAGUCCAUCUCAUCUGAGCUUGCUGAUUGGACGGAUGAGAUUGAUGACGUCAGCAAGGAGGAGCUUCGAAUGACGGGGCGUGUUCUAGAGCAGAUUUCACACAUCGAGGAAGUUUCGGAAGAGGUUGCUAGCAACGUUGUAGAUGCCGUCGACCGCAUUAUCAGCAUCGAAUCAUCAUCAUCAUCGUCGACUUCGAUGAGGGAUCCCGACAAUACUGCGUCCUCUUCAGCACUAAUUGUCCAAAGCAUGGAACGGCUACUCACGCACGUGAAACUCCCGAAGAACACAUCGUCGAACUUCUCCACAUCGGGCGCGAACCUCGCAAUGGCCGCCUUCAAUCUCGUCGCCGAUGAGGGCAAUGAAGACUUGUUCUUCGUCGACGAUGUCCUGCAGAUCAACAUCCGAGAGGAGGUCGACGACGAGAACGGUAGCGUUGGCAAUAGGAAGGUGGUCUUUGAGAAGGUGAGGAAGACUAAUGAAGGCGUGGACGAUGCCGAUGUCUCUGUGGAGGUCGAAACGGGGAAACUCUUAAACUCAGCUAUCGAUUCGACAAGCAACUUGCGGAUCGAUCUCAUCGUCUACCACAACGAUACGCUCUUCAAGAGCGCUGCAUCAACGUCGGCGGGUGGUUCCCAUGGUAACCCAUCAUCCAGCGAUGGAAGCAGGAAGGGGUGUAGCAUAGAGAGCAAGGUUCUCUCGGUGACGAUCAGGCGGGAUGGUGAGGAGAUGAAGAGGCUCGCCGCUCCGAUCAAUAUGACAUUCAAGCUACAGAAGACGAAUCCGUCGUAUACCCCGACGUGUACUUACUGGGACUACGACUUGAACGACGGUGAGGGUGAUUGGUCUACCCUUGGAUGCGAUCUCGUCGAUGAGAAUGACGUCCAGGCAGUCUGUAGCUGUGAUCAUCUUACUAACUUCGCCGUCCUCAUGGCCCCUAGUUACGGCUGCCAUCCAUACGCUCUUGACGUCAUCAGUCAGAUUGGUUGCGUCAUAUCAACUCUUGGUCUGGUGCUUACUAUCAUCACUUACAUCAUGUUUGGUAAACAGAUGGGACAGACUCCUCGCCUCAUCAUGAUCCAGUGGUGCGUGUCCCUUCUCCUUCUCUAUAUCGUGUUCGUCAUCGGAAUCGACCAAACUCGGUCACCGACCGCCUGCACGGCCGUGGCUGCUCUGCUUCACUAUUUCACCCUCUCGUCUGUUCUAUGGAUGGGCGUAGAGGGCGUGAACCUGUACAUCUUGUUGGUUCGUGUAAUGGAUGUUCCUCGAACAAGGCGAUUUAUGCCCGUCGCUUGCCUGGUUGCUUGGGGUAUCCCUAUUGGAUUCGUUUUAAUCGGCCUGUUCCAGAUAGGACCUGAGCAGUAUAGAGAAGAAAGCUUUUGCUUUUUGUCACGUGGACCUCACUUCAUCUACGCCCUUCUGUUUCCGCUGGCUGCCGUGCUUCUUCUCAAUAUCGUUUGCUACAUUCUUGUUAUGAAGACACUCACAUGCUCAAGAAUGAAAAUCCGUGUUACAAAGAUUGAGAAAGGUAAACUUCACGACCUAGCGACGAGGCUCCAACAAGCCUUAGCUAUCGGACUACUGACAGGUCUCACCUGGCUCUUUGGAUUCUUUGCCAUUGGUCGUAUGUCGGCUGUAUUCACCUGGCUAUUCUGUAUCUGUAAUUCCCUCCAGGGAUUAUGUGUGUUUCUUCUCUUCUGUGUGUUCAGGUGAGUGAUGUCACAGUAAUCAGAGUCCAAAGUUUAGUUUACUAUCUUUGAAUUUAAACAAAAUACAACGAUGAUUCUCUGUAGUCUCUUAAGUAAUGUAUUGGAAAUGAAUUUCAUUAGCCUUUUAAGACCUAUUAAAAGUUUAGUUUUCGGAAGGCCCAUAUUUC